UUCAUUUGAAUAGCAUUCAUUUCACCAUCAUCAUAAUGUUAUAUUGUUAUUGUCAUAUUGUGUAUAUUCUUGUUAAUUGAAAAAAAAAAAAAAAACUUAUUUACCAAGCACAAAUUUUUUUAUUUAAUAAAAAAAUGUCAAAUGCCGGCUGAUAAAUAACGCCUAAGUGUCUAAAUAUUGUGAUAACGGAUAUUCGCAAAAAAUAAAAAAAAAAUACGAUAAGAUAAUUAUCGAAAAAGAAAAAAACAGAAGAUAGUAAUCAGAGCAGGAAAUGCGAAGGAAAAUUAUUUAUGCAUAAAUUGUAUUCAUUUGAUUUCUUUGCUAUAUGAAGAUGUUCGUAAAUCUGUCGUUAAAGUCACACGUAGGUUUAAGUUAUAUUACGUUCAUGUGAAUCCGGCUUUAAUCGGGAACGCGAUACGAUGAUUUCCGUGUAUUCCCGAACGCGUACGAGAGAGAUGAAAAACACAACGGCGUAUACGCAUAUGGACGAUGACAUAGAGUGUCGUAAGAAAGUCAAGCAUAGAGAGAAGUGGAAAAGUACCAACGAACACGUAAUCUCUCAAUGAUAAUAUAUAAAUGAAUGUAUCAAAUCUUAUGGGAAUUAUAGAAGAAAUAAAAAUUGUAAAAAAUUACUGCAACGUAAAAGAUGCUGACGAGGAUGAUAAUGAUUAUCGUGACACUGUGGUCUGCAAAGAAGAUGAAAUGAAGAACGAGAAUUUUAUCUACAAUGAUUUGCUCGUAAGAGCGUUAGUCCAAUUGUUCCCACGAGAAGAAAGAUCACUCAUACAUUUAUGGCUGGAGAAAUUAAAGAGUAUCGACACAAACAAUACGGAGAAGCUUUCCAAUCGUAAUAAUUAUAUGUGGUUGUUGCUCUUUGUUUUACAAAAUGGUAACUUAAUCGAGCCAUUCGAUGAACCACCACCUAUCGAUGAAUUGCCUCCAAUCUCUGAUAUCAUGCCGACGCAAAUGAUCGAAGAAUUGAUAUCAUUGCCGGACAUAAAUUUCCCUCAAACCAACUGGACCAUUUCUGAUACGAAUGUGAUGGACAUGAAGGAAGCUCAUUCUACUGGUAUGCCACCUCACAAAUUUCUAGAAUAUCAGCCUCGUCCCGUUAACGGAAUAUCCUGCUAUUUUUCGAUAUUCAGUAAACCUUCUUAAAGGAAGAAGCUUUCUUUUUUCAACCACAACUAUAAAUUAUGAACAAUUGAAUAUAUUAUCAAGGAAAUGUAAACUAGAUACUCACGUAAAUAAAUUCAUUAAUAAUGUAAAACCUUUAGAGAUACAUAUCGAUGAGCAAACUAGUUUUUGUAAGUUCUUCAUUUUUUUCUUAGAUCACGAAGUAAAUCUGUUCUUUUUUUUUUCUUUUCCUUUUUUUCUUUAUUUAUUUUUUUUUUUUUUUUUUUGAUAAACGUAAGAAAUGCAAUGAAUGAGAAUGAAAUCGUAAAUAGCGAACAAGUGUGAUCAUCAGAGAGCUAUGCGCAAAUAACAAAUAAUUAAUCGUAUUAAUGUAUUAUUUAUUUGCUUAGAAUACUUUAAGAAAACGACUGUUAUAGCUAUUAAAUAAAUAAAUAUUGAAACAAAAGUAA